GUUUUGACAGUGUUAGUUAGCGCACAGCUGGAGAGAGGAGCUGUUUAAAGAUACACUCGUUCCCAAACACACUGACAGAUUCAGAAGGAUAGAAGUCGCACUCCAGUAUGUCCGAAACAAAGAAACAGCCGAGCAUAGACUCGUCCGGUUCGAACCCCUGGGAGAGUCUGGGCAGCCCGACGCUGCUGUGGUCUCCCACCUCCGGGCUUCCUCUGCAGGACGGGCUUUACACGGACACCAAGUUCCCGGAGCAGGACAUGCUGAUUCAGAAAGACUUGGUUUGGAAACGACCAAAGGAGAUCUGUCCGUUUCCUCAGUUUAUUGCAGAUGGAGCCACACGUAUGGACAUCUGCCAGGGAAUUCUGCAUGACUGCUGGUUCUUGUCUGCGGUGGCGUCUCUUUCUCUCUACCCUUCUCUUCUGCAUCGUGUCGUUCCCUCAGGCCAAGGUUUUCAGAAGGGAUACGUCGGCCGCUUCAGUUUUCGGUUCUGGCAGUAUGGUGAGUGGACUGAGGUGCAAAUUGAUGACCGCUUGCCGACACAAAACGGUCAGCUGAUCUAUCUGUACUCCUCAAACAAAAAUGAAUUCUGGAGCGCUCUACUGGAGAAAGCUUAUGCCAAGCUGAAGGGUGGUUAUACUGCUCUGAAUAUGGGUUACCCUCAUGAGGCGAUGACAGACAUGACAGGUGGGGUUACAGAGGUUUUCACGGUGCCGUCUGACCCUCGAAUACUGGGCUCUUUCCUGCACCCGCUGCUGCAGGAAGGAGCUCUGAUCAACUGUGGUAACACAAGGGGUGCCAUCGAGAAGAGCAAUGAGUUUGGGAUUUUGUUCAUGCAUGCCUACUCUGUGACCGGCUUGGAGACGAUCAAGACUACGAUCGGUCCGGUUCAGCUGGUGCGGAUCAGGAACCCGUGGGGUAAUACUGAGUGGGAGGGGCCUUGGAGUGACAAAAAAGGGAUCGAGUGGAAUAUGGUGAGCGCUGAAGAGCAGCAGCGUGUGCAGAGAAUCCAGCGUGAUGACGGGGAGUUCUGGAUGUCUCUGGCAGAUUUCUGCCAGAACUUUGACAUGAUAGAGGUUUGUCACCUGAGCGAAGACACGCUGAGUGAGAGCGGAGUCAAAAAGCCCUGGAAAUGCACUUUGCAUCACGGAUGCUGGAUUCCUCAGCAAGGGUCUCCUCAGUACAGUCUGACCCUGCUGGAGGAGGACGACGACCCCAGUGACCCUGAACUAACGUGCUCAUUCCUGCUGGCGCUCAUGCAGAAACACACUCGUAAGAGAGGAGUGCUGUCCGACAUCGCGCUGCAAAUAUACAAGGCCCGAUCCGAGCGUGAUUUCCUCUCCUCUCUGGACUUGUCUCAGUCGAGCCCGGUGCUCAGCACUGCUAAAGACCAGCGGCGGGAGCUGGUGCUUCGCGGUCGCCUGGCACCCGGUCAUUACAUCAUCAUUCCCUGCGCAGAUACCAAUAAGGAGGAAGAAUUCCUUCUGAGAGUCCUGACCGAGAAAGCAAACAAAACCAUAGCUGUUGGGACACCAGGAGUAGAUAGAAACUCGAUUACACCGCCAAUGUCUCCACGUCUCGCAGGUCUGCCGUCUGGAAAUGAAGCCAGAGAGCUCUUUGUGAAACACUGUGUCAAGGGGCCUUAUUGUACCCCUUUGGAUCUGUAUAAUCUGCUGACAGAAGCCAUUGCCAAAGGAGUCUUUGCAGGUAGCGAGAAGCAGCUGAGUUUGGAGCACUGCAAGAGCUUCGUGGUGCUCAUGGAUAGCCAAGGAAUGGGACGACUCGACUUGAUAGAGUUCCAGGCAUUGUGGGCAAAACUCCGGAAGUGGACGGGUAUCUUUAUGAUAUUUGACAAAAACAAGAACCAGUCUCUGGAUUAUCUAGAAAUCCCACCCGCUCUGACAGCAGCAGGCAUACGGGUGGAUGAAUUCAUACUGCAGCUGAUAGGCCUGCGCUACACGGAGCCAGAGAUGACCAUCAGCUUCCCGGGAUUCCUCUUCCUGCUCACCAAACUGGACUGCAUGAUACGCAAGUUUCAGGCAUUUGAUGCGACAGGGAUGGGAGUGAUUUCAGUGAACUGCAGACAGUUUCUGCACAUGACCAUGUACAACUGAUUUCAGACCAGCUGCAGGGAAACAGCUCUACAGCUGCUUGAACUAUUCUAUAUAAACAGAUCGUUCCUGGAGUGGAAGCUGAUUGGUCAAUACAGUUGUUACAUUUAAGCUACAAUACUAUAAAUUCUAUAUUAAUAGAUAUGAUGCAAAACACAGCUACUUUAUAUAUAUCACUGCACAGCACCUAUAGAGAUCAACUAUUAACCUUAAUAUUUUUUUACUGCUUUUACUGCUUCUAGUGGACAGAUGUCAACUAAUGAAUUUGCUUAAUAAAAAUAAGAUUUUUAAAGAAAA